AUGAUGAUGAUGAUGAUGGACCGUGUGAUGUGUGUGUUGGCCGUUGUGCUGUGCUGCGCCUGCGAGUAUACAAUGAUGGCGGCUGCUGCUCAUACUACUGUUAAUGCUGGACAACCAAAGGCGGUGAUGGCCAAUAAGGGUCCUGAUAUUCCGGAGUGGAAUGAUUUUCUUGGAACAGCAAUCCAUGAUUAUGAUUGUAUUAAUAAAACAAAAGAUACUUCUGAUAGUGGAAUGAACUGUACGAAUUGGCGUAAUCAUAGGAAUGGUGAAAAAAAGCACAGUCUUCCUGAUUCGACAAAGAGUAAGGAUCCUGAAGAGGAGGUGGAACCAUCUCUUCAUAGUGAUGGAGAUGUGCAUGAAGAUAAAGAUUUAACACGUGCUGAUGGAGGUUCGCUACGUCCUCCCACAUCACACACCACGUCGAAAGGCACCGGUUCAGAACAUAAUGCUGCGGAGAGUGAAACAGCAGUGACACAUACGAUUACACCAGGGAGUGAUGAAGCACAACUUAGUAGGAAUGCAGAAAGUACGUUGACAGCAGAAAGAGGAGCGAGUUCUUCUACAGAAGAUAAUCAAGGUGCAUCGGGCAACACAGCUGAUAACACCACCACUAACAACAGUACACCUGCCGACUCUAAUCUUACCACGCAAACACCUGCAAUUGUUGAUUCGACUGCCACACCAGACACACAAGAAAACACUUCCACUACUCUGCCGACGAGCCCCGAGAACACUACCACAGAAGCACCAACCACCACUCCAUCUCCUGUUCCUCCACACAAUUCAGAGAUCACCACUAUUGCCUCCACUGUUCAGAAGAACAAACCCAUUGUUGACAGCAGUGUCAGUCCUGUGUGGAUGCGCACUGCAGCACCGAUGCUGAUCGUGGCUGUGUUGUUCUCCUUUACUGUUUACUGA